UGUUUGUACUAGAUAUGAUUUCAAUGAAGUACCCCAAAAUCAAUUACUGGUCUGUGACUGAAAUAUUUUGCUGUAUCUUCUGAUUCUGAUUUGCUGUUUUGAAGUUGUUCAUGAUAGCUGAAAAUUACUUGAUGACUUAGUUGUAGUGUUUUCUUUUGAAUGUAUUGUAAGGUAUUCUGUUUUUGUCUUGUAGAUGUAGCAAGUUUUGAUAGUGUAGUCUCUUCCACUGAGAAACUCAACCAUCCCACAACAUCUAGACCCAAAGCCAGUGGAAGGCGACCUCCAACUCAAGUCUUUACAUCUCCAUCACUUUCUAGUCCUGACUACUUGGAUUCACCAAUUUCACAGGAAGACGAUAGGGAAGAACAAGACCGAAUAGAACUUGAAACCAACACAACAAAAGUAAAAGAAAUUGUGAAAAAAGCUCCAAGACCCAUCCCAGUGUUUCCAGUAUCUGAUAAAACAUUGCCACCAAAGCCAGGAGCUCAAAAUUUGCCAUCAGGAAGCAAUGCACAUGGAUCAGCUGUCUAUGCAUUCCACCAUGGCAUCUCUUCUACAGCUGGGCAAAGACCAAACUCACCAUCACAGUACAGUACUGAUCUCAAGCCAAAGAUUGACAAGACUCAGGAUCCAAUUGAGGAACUGAGAGCACAAAUGAAGGAAUUGAGAAGCUUCAUUGAAAUUAUGAAGUCUCAGCACAAAAAAGAGAUUACACAGUUGAUGACUGAGUUAGAUGAAGAAAAGAAGAUUCGUAUAUCCUUACAACUGGAAGUGGAAGGAAUUAAGAAAACACUUCAAGGAAAAUGAUACUUCUAUGGUGUGAAUGUUGCAGUGACACUUCUGAUUGCUCUAGGACUCCAGAUGCAAUGCAGCCAAAUUUAGUUUUGUGCCAAAUUUAUUUUGUAAGCAUUAUUCCCUCGCAUCUUUUUCUAAAGAAAUUUUCAAAUUUUAUAAUGCAAAAUAAGUUACAUGAUAAAUGGCAGUGAUUUUACUCUGUUCCCUGUACUAAAUGCACUGAUGUCCAGAUGGCUAGAGCUAGAGGCUUAAAUGCAUAUGUGUAUAUGAUAUGUACACAUUUACCAUAAAGUAAUUUCAGGCACAUAAGCCCACACUGGUAGUAUACUAUGAUGCUCUUUUUGCAAUAAAGAAAAUUUAAUGUUGGAGUGCCAGUUUAUAAUAUGCCUGACUUGUUCAUUUAUUUUAUGUUGAUAUGCUUGUUGUGACAAUAUCCCAUUAGACAAUUUGAUGUCAAAAUGUCCUUUUAUGCUUUGUAUUUUGAAACUUAUCCCUCAGUACUGCAAUGGGUAUAGUGAGCAGAGCAUUCUAACAAUGUACAAAAUUAAAAUUUGGUGCCUACAUAACCCUAUUAAAAGAAUGCUGCAGCCUCAGUGUACCUAUUUAAGUAUACUCUGGCAAUUAUUUCAAAACAGAUUAGAACUGCAGUUGAUUAAUUAAAUACACAUUGCUAUUUUCAAA